AGAAGCUUGGGUAUUGUGUUUUACACACCGUGUAUUUAAUGCCAGAAUACAAAGUACACAACGCGUAGAGUCAUACAAUAAUAUUAUUAAAAAUAAUGUUAAUGAGUCAUCUUCAAUUUACGGAGCUUGA